GCAUCAGGAAGUUUCAGUGUGGUUUGUAAGGCUGUGUCUGUCAGUGUAUGUCUCAUGGUGUGUGCGUAAGCAAACCAGAGAAAGAUGUCUGGAACACGGUCCCUCUGCUGCCAUGUCAACACGGCCACCCGAGCCUCUGCCAUCUUCUACCUGGUGUUUAAUCUGCUGGUGGCUGUGGAUUUGACUGUUGGAAUAAUCCGAAAGAAGGAUCCAAUCACUAUCUCCAUUACUGAAAUGAGACGUACCCAUGGCAAUUGCAUGUUUGAAAUUGCUACCAACUUUGUUUCAUUGGUCCUGAUGUCAUUCUCCAGUGUGCUGGUUAUGUUGUCUCACCGUAAGGGGCCAAUGUGCGUGAUGCCAUUUGUGCUGUUCAUGUUUCUUGAAGUGGCUCUGAGUCUUCUCUCCUUGUUUGAUGCUCGUUUUGGACUUCCUGGCACUCCCGCAUAUGGAGAUGCUCUACGGCUGGCUUCAAACCUAAAAGGUGGGGUCAGGUUGGAAGGAGAGGAGCUGGCCCGUGUCACCUUGAUGUUUGGAGUCCUCUUCGUGAUGUACAUACUGCUGAAGGUGUAUAUGCUCCAGGUGUCCAUUCGCUGUUACUAUGCACUGAAGGAAGCACGUCUUCUAGCAGCUGAGAGCUCUGUGAUGGUGAAACUGCCCUCUUAUGAUGAGGCUCUGAAGAUGAAACCUGAGGCCACACUCCCUAAUUAUCAGGAGCCAUAAGGCAGAAAGCAAGCAUGCAGACUUGUUUCAUGCACUUGCAGAUGCGCACACUUGCACCAGCAACAUGCACGAUGGCACAGCUAUGCACAAAUAAAAAGCACUCAUACUCCUAGCUACAAAGCUUAAUAUGCAUAAGCCUGCUUUCAACGGUUAUAUUUUAUACACUGGAAACCAGUAUUUCCAUUUAUACUGCCACUCUCAUAAACGACCGUAUAUUUUGAGGAUCCGGUACUGAAACUUCCUUUUAUUUUGCUGGUUUGACUCUAGACCAAAGUGAUUUUCACCAACACAAAAUCCUGUCUGUGGAUCUCAGAAAUGCCAAAGAUUAAUUACCAUAGAGACUGUGAUGUAUCUAUUAAUUAGAGGUUAAAACGAAGCAAAAUAAUAUACACAGAAGUAGAAAGACAGUAGAAAAUUGUUAAAUUAUUGAACUAAUAAUCCAGAUUUGGUUCAUUAUUAAGGUAAAGCUAUUUUUGUUUGUUUUUUGGAAAUGUAUGGAAGUAAACAGAUUUCAUGUAGAGAUGGUGCCUAAAAAAGUAUAAUUAUACAAAAUAAACUUCAUAACCAGCUUAAAAUA